AUGGAACCUUAUGAGGAAGACCCUGCGGCGGAUGAGCAAGAGAGGGAGCAGGAACACAACAGCGAGAAGGUCAUCAAUGAAGAGUACAAGACAUGGAAGAAGAACGCACCAUUUCUCUAUGAUAUGAUCCUCAGCACGGCUUUAGAAUGGCCAACCCUCACCACCCAAUGGCUUCCGGAUAAGCAAGAAGUCCCCGACAAGCCCUACUCAACUCAUCGCCUCUUGAUCGGCACACAUACCACCAAUGAUGCGCCAAAUUACCUCCAAAUUGCCCAUGUGCAGCUUCCCAACUCUAAUGCCCCUAAUCCCGAUGAUUACGACGAGGAGAAAGGUGAAAUUGGAGGCUAUGGUGGGGGUCCCAAGAAGCCUCAGAUGGAGAUCAAAUUCAACAUUGUCCAGAAAAUUGACCACAAGGGCGAGGUCAACAAGGCGCGUUACCAGCCACAAAACCCUAACAUUAUCGCGACAAUGUGCACAGAUGGGCGGGUCAUGAUCUGGGAUCGCUCGAAGCACCCGAGCUUGCCCACGGGCAACGUCAACCCCCAGAUGGAGCUCCUGGGACAUGAUGCUGAAGGGUUUGGGCUCAGCUGGAACCCGCACGAGGCCGGUCAUCUUGCAACGGGUAGUGAGGAUAAGACAGUGCGACUCUGGGACCUCACCACAUACACCAAGGGCAACAAGGCAGUCCGACCGACCCGCACUUACACCCACCAUUCGUCUAUCGUCAAUGAUGUCCAGCACCACCCCCUCCACUCCUCUCUAAUCGGAACCGUCUCCGACGACAUCACGCUCCAGAUUCUGGACACCCGUGCCGCCGAGACAAAUCGCGCAGCUGCCUCGGCCGAGGGCCAGCACCGCGACGCUAUCAACUCGAUCGCCUUCAACCCCGCCUCCGAGACGAUUCUGGCGACAGGGUCGGCAGACAAGACAAUUGGGUUGUGGGAUCUGCGUAACCUCAAGACAAAACUCCAUUCUCUGGAAGGCCACACCGAUUCCGUGCAGUCGAUCUCGUGGCAUCCGUUUGAGGAGUCGGUACUGGCGAGCUCCAGCUACGACCGGAAGAUCAUGUUCUGGGACCUCAGCCGAGCGGGCGAGGAACAGACCCCGGAGGAUGCUCAAGACGGGCCUCCCGAGCUUCUGUUUAUGCACGGUGGACACACCAACCGCAUCUCCGAUUUCAGCUGGAACCUCAGCGACCCCUGGGUUCUGUGCUCGGCUGCGGAGGACAACCUGAUGCAGGUAUGGAAAGUGGCGGACGCCAUCGUGGGCAAGGAUCUAGAGGAUGUGCCGACGGAGGAGCUGGAGUCGUGA